AUGGGGACUAUUACUGUUGGAUUCCAUCUUUUAUUUCUCAUUCCCACAAUUGCAUUGCACGCCCAUGCCUCAUCUCAGGAGGCGCAUCUCACAAAGUUCCUCUCGUCUAAAAGAUCCAGAAGCAACAUCAGCAACAAAAUUGGUGAUCCUACUAGUUUCCAUGGCGGAUCAUUCCUCGGAAUCGCCAGCAGCCCCCGAAUAGAUGGGUACCCGAGCUCCUACCACAUCGCUCUGAAGGCGGCCGACAAGAUCUCGGCGCUGCCAGGGCAGCCGGAGGGCGUCGACUUCGACCAGUACGGCGGGUACGUGACUGUCGACGGCCAUAAUGGCCGCGCACUCUUCUACUACUUCGUGGAAUCUCCCGGCAACCCGGUGACGAAGCCACUCCUCCUGUGGCUCAACGGAGGGCCUGGGUGCUUGUCGUUGGGCUUCGGAGCGAUGCGAGAAUUGGGCCCUUUCCGGGUGAACAGAGACAACCAAACCCUCACUAGGAACAACCAUGCCUGGAACAAUGUGGCAAACGUCGUUUUUCUGGAAUCACCCGCUGGCGUGGGAUUCUCCUACUCCAACACAUCUUCUGAUUACGACAAGAUGGGGGAUCCACUGACAGCCCAAGACACCUAUGCCUUCCUCGUCAACUGGCUCGACAGGUUUCCCGAGUACAAGGCACGCGCCCUCUACAUCGCUGGGGAGAGCUACGCUGGUCACUAUGUGCCCCAGCUCGCCGCCACCAUCUUAGCCCACAACAACAACAACAACAACAACAACAACAACAACACGGGUGUCAUACUAAAUCUCAAGGGCAUCUUCGUCGGAAACCCGCUUCUGGACGACGCGAAGGAGGAGAGAGGGCACCACGAGUACCUAUGGAACCACGGGGUGAUCUCCGACGAGGUAUGGGCCGAAAUCGCCGGCCACUGCAACUUCAGCGACGACUCCGUCUAUGGCGAUAGGUGCUACAAAGCUAUUACUAGAUCCCAGUAUGAGAGUGAGGACAUCGACAUCUACAACAUAUACGCUCCCACCUGCAUCACCGACAACAACGGCUCCUACUACUCCAGCAGCCAAUUACCUGGGUACGAUACGUGCGGCGAAGUGCCUACCAUGGCCUACCUGAACCUUCCUGCAGUGCAGAGGGCUUUCCAUGCUAGAGAAACCAAAUGGAGUGACUGCAAAAUCUUUGUGGAUUUCAAGGACUCGCCGGAUAGCAUGGUGCCAACCUUGAAAUGGCUAAUCGACCAUGGCUUGCCCGUGUGGCUCUUCAGUGGGGAUUUGGAUUCAAGGUGCCCGAUCACCAGCACGAGGCACGCCAUCCGCGACCUCAACCUCUCCGUCACCGAGCCGUGGCGUCCAUGGACUGCCGGCCAUGAGAUAGGGGGCUAUGUUCAACAGUACAAGGGAGGGUUCGCGUUCGCUACCGUGAGAGGAGCAGGGCACACAAUCCCGACCUUCCAACCCGAGAGAGCACUCAUACUGCUCCAGUCCUUUCUCAAAGGGAUCCUCCCGCCUUACGAGAAGGCAAAAUAUCGAUCAUCUUGGGAGAUGGGCACUAUUACUGCUGCUGGAUUCCACGUUUUAUUUCUCAUUCCCAUAAUUGCAUUGCACGCCCAUGCAUCAUCUCAGGAGGCCCAUCUCACAGAAUUCCUCUUAUCUAGAAAAUCCAGAAGUAGCAGCGGCAGCACAAUUAGUGAUUCUAUUUUCCAUGGCGGAUCUGUUCCCGUAAUCACCAACAGCCUCCGAACAGAUGAGUACCCCAACUCCGACCGCGCUCUAAAGGCGGCCGACAAGAUCCCGGUGCUGCCGGGGCAGCCGGAGGGUGUCGACUUCGACCAGUACGCCGGGUAUGUCACCGUCGACGGCCACAACGGCCGUGCGCUCUUCUACUACUUCGUGGAAGCGCCUGGCGACAAGGCGGCGAAGCCACUCCUCCUCUGGCUCAACGGAGGCCCUGGAUGCUCGUCGCUGGGCUUGGGAGCGAUGCGAGAAUUGGGUCCUUUCCGUGUGAACAGAGACAACCAAACCCUCACUAGGAACAAGCAUGCCUGGAACAACGAGGCAAACGUCAUCUUCCUGGAAUCACCCGCCGGCGUGGGAUUCUCCUACUCCAACACCUCUUCCGAUUACGACAGGAUGGGGGAUCCAUUGACAGCCCAAGACACCUACGCCUUCCUCGUCAACUGGCUCGACAGGUACCCCGAGUACAAGGCGCGCGGCCUCUACAACGCCGGUGAGAGCUACGCCGGCCACUACGUGCCCCAGCUCGCCGCCGCCAUCUUAGCCCACAACAACAACAACAACACGGGCGUCAUGCUAAAUCUCAAGGGCAUCUUGGUCGGCAACCCGUUGUUGGACGUCGUGAAGAACAAGAGAGGGCGCUACGAGUACCUGUGGAACCACGGGGUGAUCUCCGACGAGGUCUGGGCCGAUAUCUCCAGCCACUGCAGCUUCAACGGCUCCUCCUAUGGUGGUAUGUGCGAUGAAGCUAUUAGUAAAUCCAACUAUACGCAUAGGGACCUCGACAUGUACAACAUAUACGCUCCCACCUGCAUCACCAGCGACAACGGCUCCUACUAUUCUAGCAGCCAAUUACCUGGGUACGAUCCGUGCGGUGAAGUGGCUACCUUUGCCUACCUGAAUCGUCCCGCGGUGCAGAGGGCUCUGCACGCCAGAGAAACGAAAUGGCGUGGCUGCAAUAGAAUCUUUAUAGGUUUCAAGGACUCGCCAGAUAGCAUGGUACCAACCUUGAAAUGGCUAAUCGACCACGGCUUGCCCAUAUGGCUGUUCAGCGGGGAUUUUGACUCUAUUUGCCCCUUCACCGGCACGAGGUACACGGUCCGGGAUCUCAAACUGUCCAUCACCGAGCCCAAAAGCCGCAAGGCCUAUUCACACAACAGCAAUGUAGGGGGCUAUGUCCAGCAGUACGCCGGAGGGUUCACCUUCGCCACCGUGAGAGGAGCCGGGCACAUGGUCCCGGCCUUCCAACCCGAGAGAGCGAUGAUACUGCUCCAGUCCUUUCUCACAGGGAUCCUCCCUCCAUUCACCAAUGAGUACUAG